AUGCAUCCGCGGAACAAGCACCGGAUCUAUUUGGAUUACCGUGAGUUGGCAAAGAAGCAGACAGGUUUGCAGCCCUUUGUCUUCGAAAACCAAUGGGGGGGCGCCUCAAUUGACUACUCAGAUCCUGACGCCUUGGAAGAGUUGACCCGAGCCCUGCUGGCAGAAUUCUAUGACAUCAGGCACUGGAGGCUUCCGAAAGGAUAUUUGUGUCCACCCGUGCCACAGAGAGCCGAUUACAUUCAUGUCCUAGCAGACCUUCUACAGCACUCUUUGCAUGAGAUGGAACCUCGUGGUCCGUCAGUUUGUGGUCUCGAUGUCGGGACAGGCGCAAGUUGCAUCUAUAGCUUGUUGGGCACACGGGAGUACGGCUGGAGCUUCAUUGCCAGUGACAUUGAUGAGACUGCGCUAACCAAUGCGGAGAAGCUGUUGAACGAAAACGGCCUUAAAGAGCGCAUCACCCUGCGUCAACAACAGGAUCCAAGACGGGCCCUGCGUGGGAUUUUGCUUCCCCAUGAAGUGGUGGCCUUUAGCAUUUGCAAUCCACCCUUCCAUGAAACAAUAGAGCACGCAAGACAAGCUGCAUCUUCCAAGUGGAAGAGGCUUGGAAAGGAGCUGAAGAGGAAAAAUUACCAGGGCCAGGAGCCAGAGCUUUGUUGCGAAGGUGGGGAGGUGGGCUUUGUGACGAGACUCAUGGAGGAGAGCGCCAAGGUGCGCUUCAGAAGCCGGUGCCUUUGGUACUCAAGCUUGCUCUCCAGGCACUCCUCCUUGCAGCCCAUCUUUGAGCGCUUGGGGGAGCUGGGCGCAAAACGUCGCCGCUUCGAGCUGCAACAGGGCCGUAAUGUCAAGUGGGUCGUGGCUUGGAGUUUUUUCCCUCGCACCGAGCGCCGAAAGCGCCUAGAGGAGAUGCUCCAGACAGGUCGAGAUGGGCCGAAUGAAGUGAGUGCAGCAAGGGCAGAGGGCCCAAGACGACCGCGAGCCAAGACAAAAGUGACAAAAAAGAGUAGGAAAAAAGGAGUGACAGGGUAUGGGCUGCCAGAAGAUUUGGCUUGGAGUCGAAAGCGAGGAAGUAAGGAGAGUACUCGGUUUGGGUAG